AUGACUUGGUCAGUUGCCUGCAUCAUGGAGAAAGUUCACCAUGUGAGUGGGAAGCAAGCUGUCCUGGGGAUUUUCUUUCUGCUUUUGUUGGGAAUAGGAGUAUUUGCCUUAUGGAAACGAAGUGUUCAGUCAAUUCAGAAAAUAAUCUUCUUUGUAAUCACACUCUACAAACUUUACAAGAAUGGCUCAGUCUUUCAGAUUUUGCUGGCCAACUCAGAAGUGAGUGGUCUCCCAGUUCAAGACAAUAAUUUCUUCCUGUCAUUGGGUCUGCAAGAGAGAAUUUGGAAAACACUUCAGACAACAGAAAACAAAGUGAAGGACCUGGAGGGGAUGAUCAUUUCCCAAAAACUUGCCCUGAAGAGGGACUCUAAGCCCUACUGCAGCUGCUCAGACUUCUAGAUUCCCUUGCCCACAUCAGGGUUUACUUCCACAUCUGAAAUGUGA